UCGCGCCCGACGAGCAGCGUUGGCUCGCCGCGCGAUGUGCGACCGCGAACCCAGAGCAUCUCCAGCGACAGACCUUCGAUCGCGAGCCACACGUUUCUUGCCCUUCCACAGUCUACAUCUCCAGAGGCCGCCUUCAUUGCGUCAACUGCGGCUUCACAGAUUGUAACAAACAACCACGACGGCCACCAAAGCUCCUGGUACGACCAAAAUGGCGUCGAGCCGUCUGGAGAGGCCGCUGUGAUAUCCCCUGCUGCCUUGCAGCUAGUCAACAGCUUCCUCGAUCAGUUACUACUAAACUUUUUGCAAGUUGCAAAGUCUACCUCUCUCUCGGCCCUGCGACCUGCUGUCUCCGACGUCCUCAAGCCAAAAUUGGCCAAAGAAACUAUAAGCAAUGCUGAUGAAGAACUGAGGGAGUACCUAGGGGGCUCCGAAGAGGAAGAGUACACCGACCCCCAGAGCCCCCAUGCUCGAGAUUGGGAUGUUGAAUUAGCUUGGAAGAGGGCUAGAUUGCGGUGCAUGGUCUACUCCUCUCUCGGAGACUUGGAAGAAGAGGACGAGGACAAGUACAUGACGCAGGAAAAUCUCGAAAUCAGCGAACAUGAGAGAGCCUCCGACAUCAUCUCGCCCGCCGUGGCCAUCUUCCUUACCUCAGUCUUGGAAUACAUGGGCGAACUCACGCUUUCUGUGGCUGGGCAGGCGGCGAGCACAAGGUUGCGUUCCAGAAUUGAAAAGGAGCUCAAGGAUGGAGCGCGCAGCCCGGCCGCCGUUGCUGAAAGAAUCGUCGUGGAGGAUAUCGACAUGGAACGCGUUGCGCUUGAUCGAACUUUGGGCCGCUUAUGGCGAGGAUGGAAAAAGAGGAUGCGUGCGCCGCCAGGCGAAUAUGUCUCCAGUCGAUCUCUUUCAGUCAGCCACGCUGGUUCUCUGUACGAUCGUAAGAGUUCCAUCAGUGAGCGUGGAACUGACUCUGCCGAGAUGCAAGAUGACGCAAAGGAUGCUGUGGAAAAAGACAUUCACCCCAUGGAUAUUCCACUACCCAUGGGCGACAAUGACGUUGCGGAGAUUGAGGUGCCAGGUUUGGCCCAUCAUAGCGAUGAUGAGGAAGAUGGAAGCGACGAGGAAGAAAAGGAUUUCGACAAACGCCGCGUUAAAUCUUUUGCUGGAGCGUUAUCCUUACUCAAAGACUCUCAAACAUCUCCAGAUUCAGACAACUAUGCCACCUUACUCAGCCUUCACAGGAGAUCCACCUCACUGCCAACCCCCAAAAGGUCCGUCUUCUAUGCAACUGCGCGACCAAGGUCAAAAACCGCCGAUGCAGCAAGCAUCCCGGAGCUACAAGAGCUUACGAGGCUCUCUGUUGUCGAGGUGGAGGUGGAGGCGAAGGCGAAAAGCCGCGAGUCUGAUGAAAGCGGCUCGGAUGAAUUCGAUGAGGUGAUAUACGAGAAGGCCGAGAUCCUGACCUCGUCCAGAGUCUCCGUCUCCAGCACCUCCUCUCGUUCUGUCUCAGAUACGGGUAAGGCCAUUCAUCUGAGCAGAUCUUCCAGUGUGCACUCUGCACGCAUCAUAGACGUUCCGCCCCGUAGUCCAGCCACUAGUCGGCCGCGUUCAAUGGAAUCAGCCGAGCGGCCGCGAGCAAGCACUGUGUCUGGAGCAAGCCCUCUAUCUCGUCCAGAUGAGAUGCGGAAAGUCAAGGCCAUUGACACCAGCUCGCGAACAGGAGCGCCUCUCUCGGCGGUGAGAUCUCCAGUCGAGAGGAUGAGGCCACCCGUCCCAAAUGCUGCCACCAUCUCAGAGUCCGAGGAAGACGCUGAUCAGGUGCAUCCGAUUGUCAAGCCUGCACCAGCUUCUCGAAGCCGAGACCAGCUUGGCCGACUCCCACAUGGCUUGCAAACAAAUAUCAGAGCUGCUGAUAGAAUCUCGGCUUCCCCUCAAAGCGACCAGCCUCAGUCAAGUACCAGGAGCUCGUCUCUAAAAACCGCCCAAAGUGCCACGGAUAUCCAAUUUCCAGAUGUUCCUUACAGAUCGACUGGGGGUAAUUCCAAUCGACAGAAGGGGCGGCCCGCCGCUGAGCAAGACGACGAGGAAUCAACUCCGUCUCUACAUUCCGUUGCCCCUCCUCGGCAAAUCCACACAUCUGGGUCGUCGGCAUCUUCUGGCGCCAGCCGCUUCAAGGCGGUCAGAACUACUUCAGACGACGCAUCAAACCGUGCUGAAAGCAUGGCGCGCAACUUUGAAGAGCUUAUUCAGAGCAAUCAAACCAUCACAUACACAUUGACACCGGAGAAUAUGCGUGAUAUUGAUGUCAAUAAAUCUGCCGACAGCCCUGUUGCGGCCAAGGCCUCCCGUAAGAGCGAAGACCUUAUGCGAUCCUCGCCUGUUAGCUCAAAUGCAUCACCAUCAAUUCCGCGGGCGCAGCCAGCCAACGCCCAGGCUUCUUCUGAAAGCACAGCCAAAUUUUCUGGACCGAUUCCCCGCGCUCCGGCGGGAGCCUCUGGCCGCACGGGAGGGGCACAGGCUCGAGAUGCUCGUGCACCUGGCGAGUCUUUGGCGGAUUUUGCCGAGUUUAUCAAGUCUACAGGCCCAGCUGGCGACAGAGGCCCGGCAGCUCUGCGCAAUGUUCACGUCCCUGUCAACCCACCCAAGACAAUUCCGGAAUCCCAACCACUUACCACCAUGAACAGUCGCAGCAGCAGCAAUCGAAACCGAUACCAGGCUCGAGAGCCUGCUGCCAACAGCAGAAGCGAGACCUCGGACUUGAUCGACUUUAUACGACAGGGCCCAGCCAAUGGUCAAAAUCCCAUCCCUCGGCACGUGGCGCCUUUCCGUAACCCAGGAGAUUCGGAGAUGAUGUAUGGCGCGGCUGGAGGUAGGGCGGUCGAUCCGGUACUUCCGGAUAUGCGACACAGCCAAGCAUCCACCAGCGUGACGGAUUACUCGAUGCCGUCGAUGCACUCCUCUGUCAACUCCAACUCUGCACUCCUCAAGAACAAGAGCAUGUCCAAGGCAAACGCGAUGUUUGGAGAGGACGAUGAUGAUAUGGGCAUGCCAAUGCCCGUUCGGAAAACUCGCCGCGUUCGCGAUCCAUACGCAAUCGAUUUCAGCGAUGAAGAAGAUGAUGAUUUCGAUAUGCCUCCCAGACCGCCCCCCAAGAAGGAAGAAAGUCUGGCAGAGUUCUUACUCAACUGUGAGCCUCCGCCGGAGCCUCCGUCUCUGCCUACGAAGCAGCAGCCAAGGAGGAAGUCGAGCACACCCGGUCUUAUGGGACGAUUUGGUCGUAACAACUCUAAGGAGGUUAACACUCUUAACGAAUCUCAAUCACGUCCUGGCGCUGUGGGCCUCGGCAACGAAGCCCGCCCGUCGACUGUUCGCAAACACGUUCCGAUUCAGAUGCCUCCAGGAUACGACGCAUACGGGCCUACCCAUGCCGACCCUCCAGUAAACAGAGCUCCAGUGGAGAGAGCUCCGAUCGAGAGAGCCCCAAUGGAGAGAGCCCCAAUGAACAGAGUCCCAAUGAAGAAAUUUGAGCCGAGAGAGCCUGCGUACCUAGGACAGACAGGAGAUCUAGCCCAGUUCUUACGCGACUCUGAGCCGCCGCCAGACUUUACUCCCGCUCCAGUUCCAGUCCAGCAAGAAGAGCCCAGCGCGUUUGCGAAAUUCUUUGGACGACGAAGGAAG